GGCAUUGCUGGAGGUGAAGCUCCCCUGUCAGGGAGCAGAGCCGGCUGAGGACAGGGCAGGGGACACGUCCUGGAGGUGCCAUGCAGGUCCCUGGCUGUUCCCCCCUGGCUGCAGCCCGGGCUCUGUGCCCAACAAGUGCAGGGUUAUGCUGUGAUGCCGGCUGCUAUUUUUAUUUCUUUCAUCACAAGCACUCUUUGCAGAAGGAUGUUAUUAGAACCCAGCAUUUCCAGCAGCUCUGAGCUGUACACCUGAUAGUCCACUGUGUUCUGGAAGGACACGAGACGCAUCUGAAAUACCCCUUCAGAUUUCUUCCUUCCCCUUUCUUGCUGUCUGCCUCCCUCCCCAACGAUCUUUUCCUGUUUUGUGUAAGGGGUUUUUUUCUGCCUUUGAAGCUCAAGCUGUGCCCAUGAGUAGGUGAUGAAAGCCUUCGUGUGCUGCAGUCCCCUUCUUCUCAAACCUUUUGACAAACCUUCAACCAGCAAUUGCUUUGCGUGCUUCGGAAACAGGGCUGCAUCCGGGAUUUGUGUCAGUGCAUUGCCACACUUCUCUUUGUCCUGAGCAGCUUCUGCAAGGAGCUCUUCCCCAUGAAGAUGAAACAGUGACUUUAUGUUUCUGCGUUGCAACUCCUGAAAUAAAUAGAAAGGGGAAUCAGCUGUCCUACAACAGUAGUUGUGUCCUGGGGUGGUGUUGCUGGUCUAGGCACCAGGCAUUGCAGUUCAUGAAAGCACUGGAAAGGCAGAGAUUGUCAUGACUAGUAAGUAGAGAGAGCAUUUAUUCUAGGAGGAAACUGGACUUUCUCUGAAUUCGAGAUGGCAUUUCACCUCAAAGGGUGGAUGUUGUGAAAUCAGGGAGGAAAAGAUGAAUCUUACACUUAUCCCCUUGCAAAAUCAGGCCUUGCUGGCUGCUCAGGGCUGCUCUGCUCUGUUGCGUUGUGUCCCAGCCUGGUGCAUACAGGUGGAUGACUUCUGUCCCUGUUGCUUGGAAUUCAGGCUAUCUACCAGCAACCGUGUGGCAGGAAAAAGGAAAGCAGCCAAACCAGGCUGGAGUAAAUCAAGGAGGGAAAUGAUGAAAGCUCUGCUGGGCCUGAAGCCUUUGAUCUUACCUUCACACAGUUAGCAGUUAAAUCCUCCUGACGGCCCCUAGUGUGCAGUGCAUGGCCGGUGCUAAAUCACAGUGCUCCCAGGACAGGGGAGGCAGCUCCCCAGCCUCCUCCUUCCAGGUCUGAACAGAGCCAGCAGGAAUCCCUACUGCUUGUUUGUUUACUUAUUUGCCACUUUAAAUAGCUCAUGGUUGAGCAGGGCAGAAAGAACUGCGUUCUGCUUGCUGCUUCUCAGAAAGUCUGAUUGGCAACCAAAAAGCGCCGGCUUCAGUUCAUGGGAUUUGGGCUCUUUGUUGGUGUGCAGUCAACCUUUACAGUCUGGGGACUUUCAUUUUCCAAGAAGAGAUGAUUCUUGAACCCCCAGAGUCUCACUGGGGAAUAUCUUGUUUGCUCCCCAGAUAUUGUCCUUUUAAAAGGCGACAGCACCGUAACUAUGACCUGGGAUGGGACACAGCACCCUGCAUGUUAGCAGCACACAGGCAAUAGAUCUGUCAUCAUGUCAGUCAGCGUCCACGAGAACCGCAAAUCCCGGACGAGCACGGGCUCCAUGAACAUCCUGCUUUUCCACAAAGCUUCCCACCCAGACUGCGUCUUAUCCCACCUGAACACCCUCCGGAAGCACUGCAUGUUCACCGACGUCACCCUUUGGGCAGGAAACAGGUCGUUCCCGUGUCACCGCGCAGUGCUGGCUGCCUCCAGCAGGUACUUCGAAGCCAUGUUUAGCAACGGCCUCCGGGAGAGCUUGGAUGAUGAGGUGAAUUUCCAUGAUAGCCUCCAUCCAGAGGUGCUGGAGCUGCUGCUGGACUUUGCUUAUUCCUCUCGGAUCAUCAUCAAUGAGGAAAAUGCGGAGUCCCUCCUGGAGGCCGGAGACAUGUUGCAGUUCCACGAUGUCCGAGACGCAGCAGCUGAGUUCCUGGAGAAGAACCUCUACCCUUCCAACUGCCUGGGCAUGAUGCUGCUCUCAGAUGCCCAUCAGUGCCGGCGGCUCUACGAGCUCUCCUGGAGGAUGUGCCUGGUCAACUUUGAGACUGUUCACAAGAGCGAGGACUUCAACAACCUUUCCAAGGACACUCUGUUGGACCUAAUCUCCAGUGACGAGUUGGAGAUUGAGGAUGAGGAGAUGGUCUUUAAGGCUGUCCUUCAGUGGGUGAAGUAUGACAUGGAUGAGCGGAAGGCCUAUCUCCCAGAGCUUCUGAGGAAUGUCCGCUUGGCCCUGCUUCCUUCUGAAUGCCUCAAGGAAGCCUUGGCUUGUGAGGACCUGAUCAUGGUGGAUGAAAGGAACAAGCUUGUUCUGGAUGAAGCCAUUCAGUGCAAGAAGAAGAUCCUCCAGAAUGAUGGGAUUGUCACCAGUCCCUGUGCCAGGCCUCGCAAAGCUGGGCACACCUUGCUAAUCCUGGGAGGACAGACCUUCAUGUGUGACAAGAUCUACCAAGUGGAUCAGAAAGCAAAGGAAAUUAUCCCUAAAGCAGACCUGCCGAGUCCACGGAAAGAGUUCAGUGCCUGUGCCAUUGGCUGCAAAGUGUACAUCACUGGUGGCAGGGGCUCAGAGAAUGGGGUCUCCAAAGAUGUAUGGGUUUAUGAUACUGUUCAUGAGGAAUGGUCAAAAGCUGCCCCCAUGUUGAUAGCACGGUUUGGGCAUGGCUCAGCUGAGCUGGAAAACUGCCUGUACGUGGUUGGUGGACACACAGCCGUGGCUGGGGUUUUCCCUGCGUCACCUUCUGUCUCCUUGAAGCAAGUAGAGAAGUAUGAUCCUGCAUCCAACAAAUGGAUGAUGGUGGCUCCUUUGAGAGAUGGUGUGAGCAAUGCUGCGGUGGUAAGCGCCAGGCUGAAACUUUUUGUCUUCGGUGGAACCAGCAUCCACCGGGACAUGGUGUCCAAAGUGCAGUGCUACGAUCCAGUGGAGAAUCGGUGGACAAUCAAAGCAGAAUGCCCACAGCCCUGGCGCUACACUGCAGCCGCAGUCCUGGGCAGCCAGAUUUUCAUCAUGGGGGGAGACACGGAGUUCACAGCAGCAUCUGCCUAUCGCUUUGACUGCGAGACGGACCAGUGGACACGCAUUGGGGACAUGACAGCCAAGCGCAUGUCGUGCCAUGCUUUGGCCUCAGGAAAUAAACUCUAUGUGGUGGGUGGUUACUUUGGGACUCAGAGAUGCAAAACGCUGGACUGCUACGACCCUACAUCAGACACGUGGAACUGUAUCACAACGGUGCCUUAUUCACUCAUCCCCACAGCUUUUGUCAGCACCUGGAAGCACUUGCCAUCAUGAGAGGUGGGGCUCGAGGGCUUGUUUUCAGGAGCUCAGUAAGAUGCCGGCAUCACAUCCAUGUCCCCUGCCUCACUGCUGGAGCUGACACAGCCACUGAGUCCCCUCCCAUUCCCCACACAGGGUGCCAAGGAGCCUCUCGCAUCCCUUCCAGCACCACGGGGGCACAAAGGACCACCUGGCUGGUGGUUACUGGUGGAUACUGGUGGCCCAAUGCGAGCAGGAAGAUGGAGGAUGUACACCAGGCUGCGUCCCCCAGAGUUACUUCAUGGGACGGGAGGGCAGGAUAAGAGAUUUUAAUGUUUUUUUUUUGUAGCAGUGAGCUUGCCGUUGGCAAUGCCUGCUGUCUGGGUGACGUGGAAGCAUUUUUAUAGGGAAAAGGGGCUGGGAAGUGGGGGAAAGGGGAGGGCUGAGCCCAGAACUCAGCACCUGGCUCUCUGGCCGCAGCAUGAAGGCUGCAGCUGCCGAAAUAUUGGAGCGUGGGAGCUAUGCACAGCUGCCAGCAGCACCCAGUGCCUCAGUGGGAUGGGGCAGGUGCCUUUGGUUUUGCACUGUGGAUCUUUUUUGGUGUUUUCCCUCCUUCCCAGUGCUGGGCCUGAGGCCAGGCUGCUCCCCUCACACAGCUGCCAGGCCGCAUGCUGCCACAACGCCAUCACUGCGGCGAGAUGCUUCGCCAGAUAAAAACUGCUGCCUGCUUGGAGGAGGGCCUCUGCUUCCCCUCCGUGUGCUCUCUCAACAGCGUGUGGGUGAAGGUGUAAUUAGCAAACGAGCAGGAACUUAGGCCUCGCUGCGCGGCGGGGCCUAGUCGGGCCUGCAGAGCAAGCAAGGCCUCUUGCCUCCUUUCCCGCAAAGCGAGGCCAAAGGGAAGAGGCAGCACAGGGCUGGCACGAGGUUGGGCCUCAGAGCCCCACGUUUGGGUGAUCUCUGCACUCAGGCUGCAUUUGGGGUCACACGCAGAGCUGACAGCUCCUGGCUGGCUCAGUUCAUCCCGCUGCAGGCACCCUGGCCUGCCUUUCUCCCUGCAUGGGGCCAGCUGGGUGAUGCAAUGCGCUGCAAGCCCUCAUCAUUGCUUCCGACAGCGAAGGCCUUUUAGGGGCAGCAAGUGCCCUUUGCUGCUGGGAGGAGAACACUUUGUGCACAGCCCUUCUGCAGCACUCUCAGUGAUGCUUAUUCACAUUUUGUAGGGUUUUUGUUGUUGCUGUUUUUUUUCUCUUCAGUUGCCUGCAAACUUUAAUAAAAAUGAUGAUCUGGGAAACCAUUUGUGUGCUUUUCACAGGAGUCUUCAUUCCUAAGCAAGUUGGAUUUAGGUGUAAUAACAGGAAUAAUAACAGGCUUGGCACUCGGUGGGGCGGUUCACAAACAACCAACUCUUGUAGCCAGCCUGACUGUAAUUAUUAUUGCUUCAGAGCUUGGGAAACUGAGGCACAGUGUUAAGUGUUACAGUGCUGGGUGACAGAGCUGAGAAUAAGAUCCAGGGCUUGUUGUGUUAACUGAAAGGCACGGAACACCCUGCUGGGAACAGCCCACGUGUCACCCCAAAGCUGUGCAGUGAUAGCAGGAGAACUCGUGGUCAGACCAUGGCCUUGUAAAACCUGCCAAAUAAGCUGAGGGGGCCCAGCUUAGACUCAGCCAUGCUCCUGCAGACCAAGCUGGUGAUUUAUAAGGAAGAGGAGAAGCAUUUAUACUUCUGUUUUCCUUAUUUGCCUUCGCUUGGCUGCUGCAGCUCCCAAAAAAGAGGCCCAUUGACAGGCAAAAUGAGCUUUCCAGCUGUCCCCCUUGCUCACGCUGCUCCUCCGUGUGCUGCUCUCCGUGUCUCAGAGGAGCUGCUAUGAAAGGAUCGGGGCUCCAGACCUGGAACACGACAGCAUUGCUGCAGGGCAGCUAGUGGCACAGCAGAACCUUGCGAAUUUGUAUUUCCUUCUUUUCUAACAGGGGAUGCAACAAGUUGGGAAGCAAAGCUUCCUAUGGGCAGUACACACAGCGACUUAGAGCAGUUUGGAACCUAAAUUUCAAAGCUGAGACCAGGAACACAGCCACCUGCCCCUAAAGCAGAGUGGUAGUGGUGUCAGCAGCCUGAGCUGGGCAGAAUUGAAUGCAAAGCUCCAUAGAAAAAAAGUUCAUUAAUGAGCUCUUUGGGAAACCGAUUCACAGCCCAGAAAUUACUGUUGGAUGAGCAGGAGAAUGAAAAAUAGCAGGGGGGCGUGAAUGAAAUCCCUUUCAGUUUGGUUGAUUAAGGUUUUACACAGGAUGCUGGGACUUUAAAUAGCAGAUUGGAGGCUUUGCAACUGGCUAGCUUUGAUAUGAGCCAUGCAAAAGACGUGCUCUUUUGUAUUUAUUCUGGAGCCCACCAGAAAGACAAUUCAAAAGCAAUCACAAGGAGCCAUGACAGCAGCAACCUGUUGCUAAGGAAUUAUAUGCAACGCAAAAUACAAAGGUUUCUUGUUAGCAGCAACAAAGUAAAAGAGGAGUGGGAGAUGAACAUGGAUGGAACAAUGCAAAGCUGCAGUCAGAGCAGGUCAGGUUUUUAACUGAGAAGGAUAGGAAGAAAUUUAGAUUUUUUGUUUGUUUGUUUUUCUUUUUUAAAAUAGUUCUUCUGCCUUCUUAGUAGGUAAGGCUCAGUUUGGUGGCUUUGCAGGGGCUCUGUGUUUCCACUCCUCCAGAAAAGUGCCUAUGUGCCAUGGUCAGCCCUUGAUGGGAGCAGUUCGGGACCUUGGACAUGACCCCCAAAGCAGCUGAGAGCCCAGCCUAGAGAUGAUCCCAGCAUGCAGGGAUCCAGCCCUCACCCAACUGCCUUUCAGCCCCAGCUAGGAUUCAGUUCCCAAAUCACUUGCAGUGGAGCGGAGGGAAGGGCAGGGAGCAGGAGCUGGGUGCAGACCUCUCCCAGGCCCCUGCUGCAGGUCCCAGACCUCCUUCCCCAGCGACAAACCAUCUGGACCUCCCUGGGGACAACAAGCUGAGGCUCCUAUCUCUUAUUUAAAUGAAAUUCAGAGUGCCUUGUUGGCUUUUAAAUACGCGUUUUCUGAGCGUGACCCCAGCUGCCCUUGAAAUAAUACUAUUGUGCAACGAAUCCCUGCAGGGAAUUAUCAUCUGAGCUCAUUCGCUCUUUUUCACUGGAGUCAAUUAAAAGCAGAGUAGUUGGUGAUUUAAUACCUCCGGUGUCUGAGGAAGCCCCACAUCCACACAGAGGCUGGCUCUGGCAUUUUGCUGGCCUUUUAUACACAUUCUUGGAGUGAUGUUUUUUCCAGCCACCCAACACGGUCUCAAUUUCACUCAUGUCUAUACAGAGCACUGAAGUCCUGUGUCCUUGGUUUGUCUUCUUCCCCUGCACGUUAAUUAAUGCCCAGGACUGCGCAUCCUCCCUGCGUUAUGUCCCAGGGCAAGCUGUUCUCCAUUCCCCAUGCUCCUUUCUCUCUUCAGAUAAACCCAAAGCACUUCAGUCUCUGAAUAGGGUCAAGGCUCACAAACAGCCAUUCAAUGCGGUUGUAGUUAUAUUUCCAAGAGCAGCAGAAACCAUUGCCACCCACUCCCUGCAAGCAAGUGGGAAUUUUAAACUGGGCCGAAUCCCUCUUGUUCCAGUGCUGAGAUGCAGUAGGUGAGGCUGUGGGAGACUCCUGGUGAGUAUACAGCAGAGGCUGAGCCCAUUUGUUCACCCAGUUACAGUCUCCCUUGUUCUUUCCAUUUUGUGACCUCCUUAUUUAACGUCAUCGACUGUUGUGCAAAACCAUCAGUGCUGUUUGCAGCGGUGUGACCUACUUUAUCAUUUUUUUUGCUGACUUCCUAACUGAAAUCGCGAGCUUGGAAUCCACCCAAGCCAUUCAUUGUUUCUCAGCUGAAUAAGAAAUCCAAUUAAGUGGAAGAAAGCCUGGCUUUCACGCUGUCAGUGCCCGCACAUCUCACUUCCCUCUCCCCGGCGUGAGCUGCACCGCCAACGUCUGCAUCCCACACAAGGAACCUUCUGUGUACGUCUGCGCCCACCUCCUGAUGCUGAUGGGGAACUGGUUCCAGAGGAUGGAUCCUGGCUCUCCCAUGUGUCCUUUCAUCCCUCCUGACAUCCUCUGUCCAGGGCAUGCACUGUAGGAUCCUCCUGCUCUCGAAGUGUCAGUGCCACGGGCAGUCAGUACCGUGGAAUUUCUGGCAGUCUGGGGCAGGUGCUGGGCUUGCAGAGAGCUACAUAAACACCAGUUAGCCUCUUCUAGGUCACUGGAGGAACAACAGAUCAGACACAUGCACUCAGACAGGUGGAUGCUUCCCAAGCCCUGUGGGUCCGGCCCCCUCCUCUGCCCACGCUGCUCCCUGCAAGGCCGGGGCUCUCCCGAGCUCACUGGGGUUUCCCACAGGGCUCUGCUAAUGACUCACUGCUCUAAUUGAACUCCUGCCUAAUUAGGCUCGCCAGCCUGGAUAGGAAGAUGCAGCUGGUAGGAAUUGAUUCUUUGGUGAAAGGACGCCAUAGGGAUGGGCACCAGCAGCUACAGCCAGCAAAGGCUUCAUGUGUGCUCUGAUCCUGGUAUUGCUCCAGUGCUGCGUUAUUCUUGCACACAUACAUUCAAAAGGUCAAAGCAACAUCUCUUCUAUCAGCAGCCGAUGCUGAGUAUUAUCUUCCCCUUAAUUGAAACACAUUCCAACCCUAAACAAAUCAACACUUUGCAGUGUUUAACAUCCCUCUGACUAAUUAACAAAACCCAGGUGCCUUCAAUGGCAAAGCCAACUCAUCCCUUUACCAUUCACCUUGCAUCCGAUCACAAGGCAGUUCACUCAGUGAACUAAUUAGGGUUUUGCCUUCCCUUCUCUUCAUAAAGCUUCCAUGAAUGAGAAGCCUGUCUGCAAGCCCCAGCCCAGCUCGCACCUGUGCCCUCCCAGCCCUCCUGUUUGCAACCAAUGCCAGGACCGAAUCAGCAGGGGCAGCAAAGAGGACGCACGGAAGGAGCAAAAGGAAGAGGUGAUGCUGAAGGAUUGUCUAAAAUAAGCUGCCCACGUGGCACGAACUGCAGCCAUACUGCCCAGCAGGCUCUGCAGCAGAACUGUCAUCUUGUUCCAGUUAUAAAUCACUCAUAGUAAAUGUGCUCUUCCUCCUCCUGUGACUGAUGCCCAUGGCACGGCAGCAGCCGGGUGUAUCAGUGCUGCUGGAUUCACUGCACCAGUGCAAGGGCUUGGGGUGACUCCUGCCUGGUGCAGGGGCGCGUGCCCCCAGAGCACCCCACGCUCCUCAGGGGAUAGCCACCUUUAAGUGGGGGUUCUGGGGGCACCCAAAGCGUGGGGCUGAGGGGACCCACAGGAGAAAGCACUCUUCAAAUGCAGGAGCCACCAUCAUUGUGGCAAAAGCUUUUAUUUGCUCUGGUAAAUGGGUGAGCGGCGAUGAAUGGGAAUGCAAAUAAAAGGAGGACUGUGAUCAGGCUUGGAGGUACAGGAGAGCCCUUUUGUCUCCCAUCCCACGCCCUGGGAGCUGCCAGGCUCUAAGCUCCAUGGCAGCAGGCACACUCUGGGGCACGGACACCAGGUGGGUUGUAUACACAGCACAAGCAACAGAGAAGUGAACUGGGGGGAAACGCAGCACACUGCUGGCCAAUGGGGUGCUGGAGGGGGGCUGGCAUUUCCCAGUGCCUGUAAGAACCAGCUCAUCUGGCAUACAGGGUUCCCUCCACAGUGUAAGGCAGCAUCUCCAGUUCUCAGCCAAAUGAAAUAAAGCACCCUGGGACCAGAGCUACCCAGGUUUUGACUGAGAUAAGCGGUAAUUUCAGUGGGUGACAGAAAAUACAGGGCAUAAGAGCACCUGCAGCCACCACCUGCUGGUUAUCUCAGUGCCAGGAGCCCGCCUGGGAGCUGAAGUGGCUGAGAUAAAGGCCACAACACUUCCUCUUCUUGUAAAAGGGUGAAUAAGAGCGGGUGAAAGAGCUGAGCAUCACUCCGACCCUCAAGCAGACUGUAAAUCUUCAAAGAGAAAUAAAGAGUCCAAUGGGUGCAUGGUGGAACCCUGGUGAUAAAAGCCAUGCAAACGGUUGAUUACAGGUAGGGCUGCACCUAUUGCUUUGCCCCCCCAUGCCACAAAGUCAACAACAGGGAUAUCAGUGGGGUGGGAAGAAGUCAGGUUGAAAAUUCAGACUUAAAAUCAAAUUUAUUUAGAGGAAAAAUGACUUUACAAGAGGUUGAUGCUGAUAACUAAAAAGGAAGAUAAAUAAAAGCUUGUUACAAAACCUAAUGGUUUCUGGCAAGUUACAGAAAAAAACUGAAGAAUUUUACAGUCAAUAACCUGCUCACUUUUUACAUAAUUACAAAUUAACAUACAGCAAUUAGGUUUUACCCUCUUUUUUUAAAAAAAAUUCCUUUUUUUUAAACUUUUUUUUUUUUUUUUUAAUUUUCAAUGAGUUCAACGUGAAAAUGCAAAGCAUGUUUUUCAUCUCUCUCUUUUCUUUUUUCUUAAGAAACAAACCAAAGGCAGAGCUCUGUGGGGCUGUUCCAAUACACCUCCUCACGCUCUGGGCAUUACUCAAGUGCAUUCCGCAUCAGUACAAAACCAACACCGGGCUAAACUUUAACCAUAGGCGAACUGAACUGGACGUCAGAUUUUUUUUGUUCCGAGUCACCGUUUAAUAUCGAUAGAACAAUAAAACACAUUCAGAGCGUGGAAAUGAUUGAUACCUAUAGACAGCUUAAAUACACACUAAGCUCACAGCCGUAGGCCAAGCGGUGAACGUCAUCCUGCCCCCCCCCAAAACCCCCAAGCGAAGGAAGCAGAAUAUAUUUGGGCAAAGCAUCAGUGUCAGUGAAAUGCGUGUGGAAGGAAAGGCACCGAGCCCCAGGAUGCGGGUGGGCCGGGAGCCGGCGCUGUGCUUCCCGUGCCCCAGGAGCCAGAGGUGUCUCCAGUUCAGCUCGCCUAUCUUUAAAACUUAGCUGCACCGUCGGAUCAAGAACUCAUCGCUGGUUGCUGCCCCUUUGACAAGCGACGCAAGAGUUCGGAGCAGUAGGGAAGGGAUUUUUUUUUUCCUUCUUUAAAAGGGUGCCUUAAAUUAUGUUGAAUUCCCAAACCUGACCAGCAGGCAGAAUAACUUCCAGAGUUCUGGUUAACAAGGAAUGUUCUGUGGGAUUUAAGCAGAUGCUCUCUCCUGUGCCCCCUGCCCGUUCCUCCCUUGCUCUGUGCCAGACACCCUACACGGCUUCCUUGGCAUUUGGCACCUGAUGAACCUCUCCUGACCCGGUGGCAAUGGGAAGGACUGGGUUGGGUGUUUCGCUAACAGCUCUGAGAUAUCCUCAUGCAGCAAGGAAGGUGCAAAGACUUCUGGCUCUACAGAUGCUCUUGCCUUUGGAAGGCUGUACUAACCCACUCAAGCUCAUGGCAUUGCUUCUCAGCAAUGGUCAAACUCCAAGAGGAGGAGGAGGGUGGUGAUAGCGUGGGGUCAUACAGGGUGACACAGCCAGGCCAUCAGAAGCCAACUGCUCCACUCCUGGUGCCCGCUCCUAAGUGCCAUGGUGUGAGGCCAGGGGGCUUGGUGAGCAAAUGACUGCUGGGCUCUCCCGUGGGGAAAGGGCUCACCCUGCCUGCAGUGGGACCAUAGUCACAUUCACAUCCACUUUGGUCUAAUAAUGAUACAAAAUGCUUGGCCCUUUGUCCCCUCCCAGAACAAGGGCAGGCUGGUGCUGGUAACACUGCUCUGUGCAGCUUGGGCUAUACUGGGCAUGCAGAGGGGAAAGCAAUUACACAGCUGAUUGUCUCCACGUAACCAAACUGAAAAGUGACACAACCAGUUCCAUUUAAAGUGCUUUAAGGCAUCACACUGAGAGAAAGUCACAUGCUGAGAUGAUCACAUCAUUUAAGAGAAACUAAGGCAAACCCCACACACCUCCAGCAGGUCCUACACCUACAGCUGCUCUCUGCUCCCGGGGUCUCACGGUGCUCCCGGCUGAUACUGACCACCUUUGUACUUCAUCUGAGACAGUGCCAAAACUGCUCUGUGCCCCAGCAGCCCCGCAUGGGAUGAGGUGGUUUGGGUGCUCUGAGUGGGAUUGAGGCUCUGGGAACCAGACCUGGACUCAGGUUGGGCUGAAGGAAAAACACGCUGCUCUCAGCACCUGCAGGAUGGGUGCCAGGCCCGGAGCUGAAGCAAACACAAUUUUAAGGCUGGGAAAAGGUGCUGUAAAACUGGGACUGUAGUCUAGCAGACAACCUUAAGCAACCUGCAGGGAUCAGAGCAGGAAUCAGACUCUGGGAACCUACGCCAAGCAUUUCCAAAGAAAACCUGGGUGGGAAAAAACAAAAGGCUGAAGAGGUAGAAACAAGUCCUCGCCUUCCUAAAGGUAACAGAAGGAAGAAGCAGUGUGGGAGUAAAGGCUUCAAUCCAAAUAAAGUGAGUCAUGUAGCAGUGUACAUCCUCCAGGGACAAAGGUCUGCCCACUGCGAUGUCAGACACAAACAGCUUUGAUGUGCAGUAUUUCCCUUCAGGAUAGUUCUGAUUCAAACCCACAGCAUCUCUGACAAAUGGACCUUUGGAGAUCAUGCAGCCAAUACUACUUUCUGCGAGAGCCCUGCGUGCUCGUUUUGGAUUGCACAGGUCAGAAGAGGGACUGAAACCAGGCGGACUCAGCCCUGCUGCCCUGGGUCUCCCUACUGAGACCCUACAGGACAUUCCCAUUGUGUGACUUCAGGCAGUGCUGGGGAAAAGACACCGGGAUGAGAAGAAAAGCUCAGACUGGCAAAGGCUAUUACAGACUCCAAGGAAUGCUCAGAAACACCAAGGACCUGAUCUCUGUUUAUACAACAGUAAAUGAGCCACGCAUUGGUUUGGUUUCCAAAAACUUUGGCUUGGCACAUGUGUUUUCCCAGCCAUGCAAACGGUGGGGCAGAAGCUAACCUGCUCAGUGGGUGCUUUUCUUGUUGAGAAGAUAACACCAACACUUCCAGCCAAGAGGAGCUGCCCGGAUCUGCCCGGACAUCCACCCAGGUCCUCACAGCACUGCAGGACCCUGUGGUGUGUUUUGUUCUCCCUUUGCCUCCAAGAAGCAUGAGAAAACCUACGGAAAAUAUUUAACCAAAGAGAAGAGAUGACAGGAGGACUCGUCUAAAGUCACCAAUUCUCUUCCCAGACUUUUCUGGCCUAAAGAUGUUCUGCCUUACAGAAAGCUCUCAGUUGAAAUCAUGUAACUCUGGGCACAGCACUGCCCAUACCCCGGUUGGGUAGGAACCAGGCAAUCAGAACGUUGGGUUUACCAAUCUCUUGGUAAGAAAACAAAAAACAAAAUGGGAAAAAAAAAAGGGGGAAGAAAAAGCCCAAACCACCUCCAAAC